AUGAUGCCCAAUCACGCGGGAUGGCAAUGGGGCUACCUGCAGGAAAGGGAUGAUGGAGAAGGCCAACAUUGGUCGAGUUUUACCAGGAAGCUGGGCCCUAUUGUCCGAAUCAGUCCGUGGGAACUGCACGUCAACGACCCCGACUUUUACGAAGUACUCUACUGUCGGAGUAGUCCACGAAACAAAUACGAGUAUUUCACAAAGCAGUUUGGGCUCAUACGGACGGUUGUGUCUACGAUCGAUCAUCAUCACCACCGUCUCCUACGCGCCAACAUGAAUCCAUACUUUUCCACAUCCCGGAUACGCAGCCUAGAGCCCUUGAUCCAGAAUUUAGUGGAUAAACUUUGCCACCGGCUAAAAGAGUGCAAAGGCACCGGCAAACCGAUUAAUAUUCACCACGCUUAUAAUUGUUUUACCACAGACGUUGUGUCUGAUUAUACUAUGGGCGUUGGAUUUCAUUACCUCGACGAGCCCGGGUUCGUCCCAAAAUGGAACGAAACAUUGACGACAGGCGCCAAAGCGAGCGUGUAUAUGAGACCAUUUCCGUGGCUGCGAUGCUUGCUAGACGCGCUCCCGGAGAGGGUGUUGUUGCGGAUUUUUCCCGAGGCAAUCCUCACAGCUCAAUUCAAGAGUCGCUGCGAAAACAUCAUGCAAUCGAUCAUCGAUGAACAGAGCUCCAAGAGUUAUGACAGAGUUAGAAGUCAAUUCAGUCAUCCAACGUUCUUCCACGACGUGCUUAACAGCAGUUUACCUCCGGAGGAGAAAUCCCCGGAGCGGCUUUCUCAGGAAGUGCGGUUGGUUAUCGGGGCUGGGUCGGAGUCGACAUCGAAGAUGUUGGCGUGGACGACGUUUUACCUGUUGGAAAAUAAAGAUAAAUUGGAUAAAUUGCGAGAGGAGCUGAGCCGGCUGGACCCUGAAUACACGGCUUCUUUGGUUGAUUUUGAGCAGAUGCCUUAUCUAACCCCGGUGGAAAUGACUAGCGUACUUAUGCACCACAACGAAAAAGUCUUUCCUGACUCUUAUAACUUUAUCCCCGAGAGAUGGAUGGAUCUUGACGAGCGGAAGAGACUCGAGAAGUACAUGGUGUCAUUUAGUAAGGGAUCGCGACAAUGCCUCGGUAUGAAUCUCGCCAAGGCGGAAAUAUUGCUUCUCUUGCCGAAGAUCCUGCGGGGGUUUGAGUUUGAGUUGUUCGAGACAACUCGCGAGGAUGUCACCAUUGCACAUGACCUUUUCUUGCCCUACCCGAGGGAGAAUAGCAAGGGGGUGCGGGUUCUCGUGCAUUAA